AUGGCGCCCCUGACCGGCCCGGUAACGACGGGCAUGCAGGUAUUUGCAAUACCCGGAGUAGUCUUCCUCAUUGCGUUCCUGGGCUACGCUUCACAAUGGCUUUUCAACACACCCGACCUCCAACCUGGGCAUCUGAGCCAGAACCAAACCAUCACCUUCAACCUGCUACUCCUCAACCUGUGGUGGAACUACUACAAAGCCUGCACAGUCUCGCCAGGAACAUACAGGCAUUCCAACAAGCUCCCGAGCGGUGACGAUGACGACGACGACAAGACAAAAAAGAAGACGAAGAAGCAAGAGGACGAGCAGCAAAAACCCACACCUCCCGCUGCCGGCCAGAGGUGGUGCCGCAAGUGCGAUACACCCAAGCCCCCACGUGCCCACCACUGCCGCCACUGCCGCCGCUGCAUCCCCAAGAUGGACCACCACUGCCCGUGGACCGGCAACUGCGUGUCGAUGCAGACGUUCCCCUACUUCUACCGCUUCCUUGUCUCAACCAACAUCGCCCUGUGGUACCUCGGUCGCCUGCUCUACCUGCGCUUCCGCGCCCUCUUCGACGAACGCAACCUGCCCGCAUACCUCGGCCCUUCGCCCACCAGGAUCGCCCUGCUGACCGUCAUCGCCAUCGCCUGGGCCCUCGUGUCCCUCGCCCUCGGCGUCCUGCUGAGUACCACCACAAAGGCAUGGCUCUUCAACCGCACCAUGAUAGAGGACUGGGAGGUGGAGCGCCACGAGAGCUUGGUGGGCAGGCAGGCCCGGGGUGGCUCGACGUGGUGGGCCAGCGAGGAGGAGGAGGAGGAAGAGGAGGAGAGCGGCGAAGAGUCCUCGGAGGAAGAGACGACGGCCGCUCGCAAGAGCCAAAAGGUCCUGCGACGCGUCGAGUUCCCCUACGACAUUGGCAUCUGGAACAACAUGUGCCAGGCCAUGGGCACGCGCAACAUCCUGGCCUGGUUCUGGCCGUUUGCCGGCGGGCCGGUUGUGUCGCGGACGCCCGGGUCCGGGGUCGGCUGGGACUGGGAGGAGAACGGGUUCAACGCGCGGAUGGGCAUGUGGCCGCCGCCGGACCCGGACAAGCAGCGCCACGGCCACUGGAAGGGCAACGCCGACACGGCCGUUCAGCUGCCCACGUACGCGACGCCCGAGGAGGAGAAGGCCGCGUUCAGGGCCAGGCAGGAGAGGGACCAGCGGCUGCGGAGGCGGAGGCAGCUGAUGGAGGCCCAGCAGGGCUCGGGCAUCUUUGCCGAGCUGGAGGAGGAUGAGGAGCUUGAGGAUCUGUUCCCGGAACAAGGGAAACGUGACAAGUACAACAACAGUGGGCAGUCCUACGAGAAAGGACGGGACGGGGAACCGGGAUGGACCAAUGCUGACGGGGAGCGAUUACGUGAUUUUGGUGUUGAUGAGGAUUCGGACGAUGUGGCUGAAGAUGAUGUGCCCCAUAAUGAUGAUUUUGAUCAUGAUGACGAUGAGGAUGUUCCGCUGGGAGAGCUUUUGCGACGUCGGAGGGUCGCGUCUCAAAACCCAGAUAUAUAA